AUGACCGGUGCUACGUCGUCCCUUAAAAAGCAUACCGUGGCUAAGCAAAUCCAAGUAUCUAUAUUCCCAACUAAGCACUUUGCAAGCCAGGCCGAUGGAAAAUCUCCCUUAAAGAUCAUUGGCGAGAUUCAUAUUGGAUUAAGGCGUGGUGACAUUCAAUUAAGAUUGGAAGCACUUGUUGUAGAAGAUCUAGAUGCUGACAUUCUUGCAUGCAUGCCAUUCAUGAGACAAAAUAAUAUAAUUCUGGAUAUACCUAAUGAUGCAAUCCGCAUAGGUAUUCAAGUUAUCAAAUACUAUUUUUCUAAAACUUCCGUCCGUUCAGCGACUGUUCGGCAUACUGAUUCGUUUCUGUUACGGGCCUCCUCUCCCAACGUUCUACAUCCUGCAUUUCUUGAGCUCUCAGUACCACCAGACCUUAAUGACUCGAAUGUGUCUCUCGAACCACGCUGUGAUUCAAUUGUUUCAACGUGGCCGUCCCCACAUAUUAUCAAGGUAAUUGCUGGUAAAGUCUGUAUACCUAAUGAAAGUGACAGUAUUAUAUCAAUUAAAAAGAAUCAACAUAUUGCACAGGUUCGACAUAUACUUGAUGAAGAUAUUUUACCUUUUGACGUCAAUAUUUCUCAAAUUGCAGAUACAUACGUUUCAAAACUUGAUGAACCAUUUUUUCAAUCAAUUCAAAUUAAUCCUAUCAAACAACUACAACUUCGCGAUCAUCAGUCUUUUGACGCUUUACACUCACAAUAUGACUCCGUAUUUGACUAUAAAAUUGGCAAAUACAAUGGUGCCUCCGGUAACAUUAAAGCAUCUAUAAAUAUGGGUCCGGUGGAACCCCACCUCAAAAAGGGAGGCUACCCAUGUACGAGAGAAAGAACCUUGAUGAAUUACAGAAUAAGAUGGACGAAUUAG